AUGUCUAAGAAGGCCAAUUAUCGUUGUACGCCAAUGAACCGGCUUGAGUCUGUUGCAUUGACGGACUCGCCUAUAGAUGACUACCAGAGAUAUUAUUUUAUGCAGAUUGUGUCGAGAUUGGAUUCCGCAGCUGCUUGUGAGCUGGAUCUUUUAGAGAGAGUGAAUGCGGAUCUUAACAUUAGAACGACGUCCUAUAGAACGAACUCCGCGUUCCAGUUUUAUGACUUGUCUAUGGGGCAGGCAAAGGCAGAACCUUGUCAACUAUCUCGAAAGGAGCGCAAGACGUUGGAAUGCUUUGAGUAUCAGAUACCGGAUAUCACUAAAGGGCCCUGUGUUUCGGGUGACAUUAGUCUUCAUCGGCAGCAUGGAUUCUUGUGUGUGAACUCUGAAAAUGUCAUCAAGUUGCAGCAGCAGCGGGGGCCGUCCGCGCCGGACAUCAGCUUCCUAACGAAAAACCAACAGUUUAAGCUGCAGAAGCUACAGUACUCGGAACAUGCAACUAGCGUAAUUAAUCCCAAUAAUGUAAUUCUCUGGGACUAUAAAACUGGGUACGUAUUCUUUACUGGUAUCUGGAGGCUCUAUCAGGAUGUAAUGCGCGCAAUGUGUAACAUGCCGAGGACCGGCUCGUCCGAACACGAGGAGGAAAAUUCCCAGAAGCGGUUAUGGCAAUGCGUCAAGGAGUUGGAAUAUUCCUUGAAAAGUUGCCUUUACGAGGCGAACAGCCAUGUUCCCGGAGAUGGCGCAGGAAGCGGAUCCUACGCUUCCGUUCCUUAUAAAAGGCACCGAGUGUCCAGCGACAGAUCUGCAAGUACGGCGGUACCAGCUGCCCAUGGCGGCGGCCUUGGCAUUCCCGGGCAAAAGGCAACCGGCAAUCAGGCUGGCUCCAACAACUCAUCGAGCCAAACAGCAGGCGUCGCGGGUGGCGCUCCAAGCCACGCUGUUACGAGUGGCAACGGGCCCAGCGGAGCUGGCGCCCCGUGCGCCGCAUCAAGUUUAAGCUACACAGACGUACACUGGAACCAGCUCGAUCCCGCAUGGAAGCAGCAGUUGUGCCAGAUGUUCCAGGAAAUCAGAAAACUAGAUUUCACGCUAGAUUUCCAAGAUUGCUAUAAAAGGAUACGGGGCGGUUACAUCAAGAUUCAGGGCACAUGGCUACCUCUCGAAAUAUCAAGACAGUUGUGCACUAGAUUCUGCUUUCCUAUUAGAUAUUUGCUAGUUCCAAUUUUUGGUGCAGACUUCCCUCGACAAUGCGAGGAGUGGCAUAUUGAACAUCGGGUCCAACAGCCUCAGCAGCAACCUGCAACAGGCUUCAACAACGACAACGGUGCCGGAAUUAAUGAUUUUUACACAAACCAGGUACAAACGGCUACGCCCUUGGAUCAAACCUCUAUAUCCCCGAGAUCUUCCUAUCUAGCAGCUCGCCACGUUAACACUUUGGCUGGCGCCAAGAAAAAUGGCUCCGAUCUGGAACUAUUGGAUGCUUCGCAAAACCUGCUAGACAUAUCGAGAACCAACUUCACCAAUAGCGACUACUAUCUGUCACCCAACACUCCACCACCCAUUUUGUCCGGGUCUUACUACCAAAGAGGGUGCCUAACGUACUCCGAUCGCAUGUCGUUUGACUCCUCAGGAAUUCUACAGUAUGCCCCAGUCGCGACCACGGUAGAAGCGACGGGGCCUCCUGCAUCGUAUAAACAGAGAGCACAUUCCUGGUCGGGUACUACACCACAAGUGUGUGGAAACCCACAGCGCCGGGAAUCCUUGCCUCCGAUUUCUAACUUAAUCAAUUCGUUGCCCAAUUUUAACUCAGGCCUUGCUACCUACCAACCGCAACCUCAACAGCAGGCGCAGCAGCAGCAGACACAUCAAAAACAGCAAUCAUCCCGCGCUCUACAGUCAUAUGCCAACGGUCCCUCGCAAGUUCCUUCGAACCAAAUGCACGCGGGCUUCCUCAACCCAAAAUCAUACAAAAGAGUGUACAAUAGUAAUAAGCAGCCUGAAUUUUGCAAUUCACCACUACAGGCUCUGAACUCGGAAGAUACUGCACCCCAAUACGCCCACCACCAUGCUACAGACGGUCCAAUGCCUAUAGCAGUCGUCCCCGAGUGGUCCAACAUGUACGCCACCGACGGCCCAUCUUACACUUACUCCGAAGGCGUACACAUUGGAUACAGCAAUCGUUUGUAA